CGCCGCCGCCGCCGCCUCUGCAUUGGGAAACACUGCGCGAAAGUUUACUUAACUGGCCGGCUACCAGAUUGUUUCGGUUUAAUUUGAGAGCAUCAUUCCCAAAAAGGAAUGCGCGGAGAAUGAUCCAUUGCCUUCUCUCGCAGAUAAGCAUCUGCAUCCAGCGAUUUACUCAAUUAAUUAAUUCUCCACAUAUAGUUCGAAAUCCAGCGCCGUCCGGCCUCAAAACCCUAGCCAGUUGCUGAAAUUUUCUCGGUGAUGAAGCGGAAGAGAGAUGUUCCGCGUUCCCCGGCGAAGCUGCUCAAGUACGUUCUCAUUGGACUGAUCGUGCUCCUCGCUUUGGUUUGUCUCUACAACGGUUCCUCCAUCGCACCUCGCCUGUCAAGAGGGUUCGAAACUUUCAAAGAUGGCUCUGAUCCCCUCACCGGAAGAGGCAGCGAUGUUGAAGAGUGGCUCGAUCAUACGGAGCACCCCCUGGAACUCCCCAAAAGAAUUCCUGUGUGUGAUAAGAGUUAUUCCGAGUUAAUACCUUGUUUGGAUCGGAAUUGGAUUUAUCAGUCAAAGUUAAAACUGAACUUGUCUUUGAUGGAGCAUUACGAGAGACAUUGCCCGCCUCCUCAGCGUCGCUACAAUUGCCUCAUUCCUCCCCCAUCCGGUUACAAGAUUCCAAUUAGAUGGCCUGCCAGUAGGGAUCAAGUGUGGAAAGCAAACAUACCUCACACGCAUCUAGCCCAAGAGAAAUCAGACCAAAACUGGAUGGUGGUUGAUGGAGACAUAAUAAGGUUUCCUGGCGGGGGAACACAUUUUCAUGAUGGAGCUGAGAAGUAUAUUGUAGCUAUUGCAUCGAUGCUCAAAUUCCCUGGUGAAAAGCUCAGUAAUGGUGGAAAUAUACGAAAUGUUCUUGACGUGGGUUGCGGUGUUGCUAGCUUUGGGGCAUAUCUUCUGUCACACGAUAUCAUAGCUAUGUCGAUUGCUCCAAACGACGUGCAUGAGAAUCAAAUACAGUUUGCGUUGGAGAGGGGGAUUCCGUCUACAUUGGGCGUCUUGGGAACCAAAAGACUGCCUUAUCCAAGUAGAUCAUUUGAAUUGGCUCAUUGUUCCCGUUGUAGGAUUGAUUGGCUUCAACGGGAUGGCAUUCUUUUGUUAGAAUUGGACAGGCUGCUCCGGCCUGGUGGCUAUUUCGUGUACUCCUCACCAGAGGCAUAUGCACACGAUGCUGAGAACCAAAAAAUAGGAAACGCUAUGCAUGACCUUUUCAAAAGAAUGUGCUGGAGAGUUGUUUCAAGGAGAGAACAAACAGUGAUAUGGGCUAAAUCUCUGAGUAAUAGCUGCUAUGCAAAGAGAAGCCCCGGAACGGUGCCGCCAUUGUGCAACUCUGGUGAGGAUCCAGAUGCCACUUGGGAUGUUCCCAUGAAGGCCUGCAUUACUCCCUACUCGUCAAAGAUGCACCGGGACAAAGGGAGUGGACUAGAACCUUGGCCACAUAGGCUCACUGCAGCACCUCCUCGCUUGAAAGAACUGAAUGUUAGUCCGGAAGAAUUUCAAAAAGACACUAGUGUAUGGCAUGAUCGAGUAUUAGACUAUUGGAAGCAGAUGAGAAGUGUUGUCACACAGAAAAACACUUUCAGAAAUGUUAUGGACAUGAACUCAAACCUUGGUGGAUUUGCUGCUGCUCUCAAAGACAAGGAUGUCUGGGUGAUGAAUGUUGCUCCAGUUAAUGCAUCUUCCAGAUUGAAAAUCAUUUAUGAUCGAGGCUUAAUCGGAACUGUUCAUGAUUGGUGUGAAUCGUUUUCAACAUACCCGCGUACCUUUGACUUGAUACAUGCAUACGUGGCAUUCUCAGAGGUAGAGUCCCGUGGGUGUAGCGGAGAGGACCUACUUAUAGAGAUGGACCGGAUGCUAAGGCCAGAAGGAUUCGUCAUUAUAAGAGACAGGCCUGGUGUUAUAAACCACAUAAGAACGUUCUUGACGGCAUUACACUGGGACGGCUUGGUUUCAGAGGUUGAACCUCGGAGGGACGCUCUCUCCCUGGCUGAAGAAAGGGUUUUAAUUGCAAAAAAGAAAAUGUGGGAAUAGGAGGCUGCGAAUAUGAUGGCUCGAAACACCCGAACAAGGUUGGAAUUAGGGAGGGGUUCUUGGCCCUUUGGACAUUUUCCAAUGCUUUGAACACCAAAGAAAGCUUCCGAUCAAACCACUUGUAACAUUUAGUUUUCAUUUAUGCAGAACUCAAUGUUAUCAGGCUUGUAAUGCAUAUUACUGGAUAAACAACUAAUCAAAUUGUAUAAUUAUUACUCCACUAGAGUAUAAAAAGCAGCAACUUUU